AUGAACUACUGGUCAGCUUACGAUUCGCCUCAAUGGUCAGCGCAAUACGCUGCCGAUUCUCCGUCGUCCACAUUAGCAGAUGUGAAUCAACUAGGUGGCUUAUUCGUGAACGGACGUCCUCUUCCGAUGUCAUUGAGAAUUCGAAUAAUCGAACUGCAUCAUUCGGGUGUGCGUCCUUGCGACAUUUCACGUCAAUUGAGGAUCAGCCACGGAUGUGUGAGCAAAAUUUUGACUAGAUAUGUCGAAAAAGGCUCGAUUGAACCGGGUGCCAUUGGCGGUAGUAAACCUCGCGUCACAACUCCAAAGGUGGUUGAAUACAUCCGCCUACUGAAAUACUCCGAUCCUGGGAUCUUUUCGUGGGAAAUUCGUGAUCGACUGGUGUCCGAUGGGAUCUGUAACAAGGAUAACGUGCCCUCUGUAAGCAGCAUUAGCCGAAUAUUAAGAAGUAAAAUUCCUAGAGCGUUGGAGCAAGCCUCGCUACAGUUUAUCCCCUAUUCGAGAUGUCCACCCGCGGAUCCUAUGGCGUUGCAGAUGCACUACAAUCAUUACAUGAAUUUCGAACAACUUCGACCGUAUGGUCCACAAGAAAAUGAAAUUUGCUCUCAAAUUGGAGUAUCCAGAUGUUGA